CGUUAACAAAUGUGUUUCCCUUCCCAGUCCAAAAUGAUCCUAUAAACAAAAAAUGAGCUCACCACCAAAAUAUAAGGAAAGAAGGAGUUCUAGUGGACCCAUAGAUGUACCAGCCCUUUAUUCAGUGUUCAAUGGGGAGGUAGCAGCAUUACAACCCUAUGGAGCUUUUAUUAAAAUUCCAGGCUACAGAAAGCAAGGUCUGGUCCAUAAGUCACAGAUGUCUAAAGCUAGGGUGGAGGACCCUUCAGAAAUGUUAGCUGUUGGAGAGAUGGUGUAUUGUAAAGUUGUGUCAGUAGAGGGAGAUAAGAUUGGACUGUCUAUGAAGGUUAUCAACCAAACCACUGGUAAAGAUGAGGAUGCAGAAAAUGUUCAACUUAGUUUGGAUGAAAGAAAAAAUAGGAAAGGAUUUCGGAGUGAGAGAGCAAAAAUAGAAUUGGGUGCUAUCUUUGAUACAACAUGCAAGAAGUGUGGUGGCCAUGGACAUUUGGCUCAAGACUGUUUCCAUGCAAAAGGAGGCAAGGCAUAUGAACUAAUACCAGAAGAUGAAGUAAUUUCACCUAGUAAAGAAACAGAUACUUCAUCUAGCAGGAAAAGAAAAAAGAAAGAAAAGAAAGAAAAAAAAGCAAAAAAAUCUAAGAAACAUCGCCAUAGUGAUUCCUUAUCAGAAGAUGAAACAGAAAAAUCUCAUAAAAAGAAACAUAAGAAACACAAACACCACCAUCAUAAACAUGAAAAGAAGAGUCGACAUAAUAACAGCAGUUCAAGUAGUGACGGAUGAACAUUUUAACAAAAACAUUUAUAAUAUUAUAUGUUAUUAUUUUUAUAUGAAAUAAUGAUUUAUAUUAAUGUCAGCUUAUGUUGAGAACAUGCUGUAUCUGUGUUUAGACAAUUCAGUUAACUUGCAUUUUUUUCUCUAUUGAGAAUUUUGCAUUUAAGUAUUGUUUGUGCUUUGGUUAAACUAUCAACAUUAAGUUGACAAACAAAAGUAACAUAAUGUACUGAGUUAUUUAUAAGAACUUGAUUUGGUACAAGCAUUUGUGUAGAAUGAAUUUGGAAAUAAUGUGUCUGUGUACAAAAGGAAAGGUUCAAGGAAUUAUUCAUAAAAUCACCUUUUUUUGCCAUUCCAAGAUUAUUUUUCAUAGGUGUCUGUGAAAUUUUUGUAUGGUUUUAUUUAUUAAAAGAGAAAAAUUACAAAAAAAAUAAUUCAAAGUAAGAGUAAUGAUGAGCCCUCAGAUAUGUUAAUGUCAUAUUAUUGAAAUUUCAAAUAGAAAUCUUCAUCAUAACUUGUCAUGACUGAUUAUUUUGUGUGUUUCGUCAUUACUAGCAUUACCAUUUUGUACUGUAAUGUAAUGCAUUCAGCUGUGACAAAAUUUUUAGAUCAACUUUUUGACUCAAGGUGAUACUGAAUCUGAUGACUUUCUCAAAAGUCAGUUAUAUGAGUCAGAAUUUUUAAUUAUUACACUAUGUUAAUGUUUCAUUUAAGAGAAGGUCUUGUAUAUCAUUGUCACAUGCGUGUAACAAAAAG